ACCAUAGUGUAAACGAACUUUUCACAAGACACCAAUGGCGAUUCCCGCCAUUUCUCUACCAACUGUCACAACUACCAUAACUGCAACUUCAAGCUUCAACAAGCUUAACAAAACACCUCCAAAACCCUUCAACACAAAUCUCAAAUCCCUCACUAAAUCCGGAAAACUAAACGAUGCUCUUCUCCUAUUAGAAUCCCAGAAAAAUUCUCAACCCGAAAACAAAGAAUGUUAUUUGAAUCUCCUCCAUGCAUGCAUUUCACAAAAAUCAUUAGAACAUGGUCACAGGCUAUAUCUUCAUCUUCUUUUAAAUCCAAACAGAAGUAAAUUGCUUAAUGACCCUUUAAUUUUAUCUAAGUUAAUUACCCUUUUCUCUGUUUGUGAUCAGUUAGAUGAGGCUCGUCGUGUUUUCGUGCACCACGGGCUUGAAAACGAAGACCAACCCGAAUCAGUUUGGGUUGCAAUGGCAAUUGGGUAUUCUAAAAAAGGGUUUUUUAGGGAAGCUUUGUUGAUUUAUUGUCAAAUGUUGUUUAAGUCCAUUGAACCGGGGAAUUUUGCGUUUUCUAUGGCUGUGAAAGCUUGUUCGGGACUUUCAGAUUUGAAGGUCGGUAGAGGUAUACAUGCCCAGAUUAUUAAGGCUGUUAAAGAACCUGAUCAAGUUGUGUUCAAUGCUAUUUUGGGAAUGUACAGUGAGUGUGGGUGUUUUGAAGAUGUGUUGAAGGUGUUUGAGGAAAUGCCUGAGAGAAAUGUUGUAAGUUGGAAUUCGUUGAUCGCGGGGUUUGUUAAGAAAGGACAGGUUUUUGAGGCAUUUGAGACUUUUAGGAGAAUGCAAAGAGAUGGAGUGGGAUAUAGUUGGGUGACUUUUACUACAAUUUUAGCUGUCUGUUCUCAAGUUACUUACCUUUAUUAUGGGAGAGAGCUACAUUCUCAAAUUGUUAAAUCAACUAAAGUUCCGGAUCUUGUUUUAUUAAACUCACUUUUGGAUAUGUAUGCGAAAUGUGGAUCUAUGGAGUAUUGCAGAAGAGUGUUUGAGAAAAUGAAGUACAAGGACAUAACAUCGUGGAAUACUGUUAUCAAUGGGUAUGCGAUUAAUGGUUUAAUGGAAGAAGCAAUGAAGUUGUUUCAUGAUAUGGUCGGUAGUGGAGUUAGGCCGGAUGGGGUGACAUUUAUCACCUUGUUGUCUGGCUGUAGCCAUGCUGGGUUGGCGGACUUAGGCGAGGAAUUGUUUGAAAGCAUGAGUGGAGAUUUUGGAAUUCGUCCGUCCUCAGAGCAUUAUGCUUGUCUUGUGGAUUUAUUAGGUAGAGCUGGGAAAAUUAAAGAGGCACUUCAAGUAGUGGAGAAAAUGCCCGUCAAGCCUAGUGGAAGCAUUUGGGGCUCACUGCUCAAUUCAUGCAGACUUUACGGAAAUGUCUCUCUUGCAGAACUUGUGGCAGAGCAGCUAUUUGAGAUGGAACCUAACAACUGUGGAAAUUACGUGAUACUAUCAAACAUUUAUGCAAAUGCAGGAAUGUGGGAGGGAGUUAAAAAAGUGAGGGAGAUGAUGGAAAAUAGGGGAAUCAAAAAGGAAGCCGGAUGCAGCUGGAUACAGGUUAGAAAUAGAGUACACAAAUUUAUGGCUGGUGGCGGUUUUGAAUUUCGUAAUUCAGAUGAAUACAAGGAAGUAUGGGAUGAAUUAUCAGAAGCUAUAGACAAAAUGGGGUAUAAACCUGAUACGAGAGUUGUGCUUCAUGAUGUAAACGAGGAAACAAAAGCAGCAUGGAUAUGUGGGCAUAGUGAACGGCUUGCUGCAGUAUUUGGUCUGAUUCAUACUGGUUCUGGUAUUCCAAUUAGGGUGACAAAAAAUCUUCGAAUUUGUGCGGAUUGUCACUCUUGGAUGAAGUUUGUGUCAGAAAUAGCGAGAAGAAAGAUUAUAGUGAGAGAUACAAAUCGGUUCCACCAUUUUGAUAAAGGUUUAUGCUCUUGCAAUGAUUACUGGUGAUUCUCAUAGUUGUUAUUCUGUAAAUAAUCCCUUUAAGAUCUUUUUUUCUGAGCUACACAUUUAUGUCAUUUGUAUGAGAAUUGAAUGUCUUGCUGAGAAAAUGUAGUUCUUUGUUUUCCUCUUUACAAAUUGAAAUGAGUUUGUGAACCCA